UGCAAGAGAAGGCUGAGGUACCACAAUGAUCAGAAGGCUGCUUUCUUUGAUUCUUAUAAGUACAUUGUCUGUGACCGAAGGGGAUGAGGGUCCUUUCCAGAGCUCUGUAACUGUGACUAAACUUGGAGAUAAUGUGACUCUGACAUGUAAAAUCCCUAGGGAUUAUGCUGGGUUGUCUUACUGGUAUAAGCUGAAAUUUGGAAACAUGAUUGAAACAAUUGCCUCAGGAAGUUUUGACAAAAUAUCACUAAAGGGACCAUUUAACAACUCAAGAUUCAAUGCCACAAAAGUGGGUGAUAUCUAUUCUCUUACCAUAACAAAUGCAACCAAAGAAGAUGAAGCAACUUACUUAUGCCAAGCAGGAACGGCAUACAAAAUGGAAUUUUUUAAUAGCACGCUUUUGGUCGUGGAUGAUACAAAAACGCUGCAGAAAUCUUUCACCGUGAAACAAACUUCAGACGUGGAGUCAAUACAUCUGGGUGAUACAAUGACUCUGCAGUGUUCGCUCCUCUCUGAGAACAAAGAUGACACAGAUCAGUGUCCAGAUGAAGACAAAGUGCACUGGUUUAAAGUUGCAUCAGAAUCCCACCCAGGCAGCAUUUACCACGGCAGUCUCAGAAAUAAAGAGGACGGGAGAUGUGACUACAGUCUGUCCAAAACUGUAACAAACUCAUCUGAUGCUGGGACGUACUACUGUGCCGUGGCGACAUGUGGACAGAUCCUGUUUGGUGAAGGAACUGUGGUUGAGAUAGGACAAAAGCGGGACCCGGCUGUCAUUGUGCUCGGCAUGCUGCUGGCUCUCUGUGUGAUUGUGAUCGCAGUUCUUAUUUUAUCCAGACACUAAAGGUUUUUCUUGCUUUGCUUUCUUAAAUUUAGAACAUUCAUGAUUUUUGGAACCAGAAUAUCAAAGAAAACAUUGCAGACAACAAAUUUUAAUCCAAUGAAUUAAUAAAACUGAUUAUGAAAUUAUUCCUUUUUAUACUCAUAUUGGCAUGCUUCAUUAAUGAAAACAUAUAAAAGGGCCAUGUCAUAGCAUAAUACAUCUGGUGGACUGGUUUUUGUUUACUCACUGUAGCUGUGAGACUAACAGUAGGAUAUUUGACUAACUGUAACAUACAAAAUGACAACUCUCGCAAAACUCCUUGAAUCAGCUGUUGUUUUUUUAUUUAGCACCAAAAAUUUUCAAUUAAAAUUGAAUUGAUUUGAAUGAAUUUGGUCAUAAAAAACAUUGUAUCAUUGUAUUGUUAAUGCAUUUAGUUAUUCUAUGCUAUAUUCUAUGUUACAUCUCCUAUAAUUCCCUCGAAGCACAGGCAGACGCAAGUGGUUUUCUGUCACUGGUUUAUUUGAAGACUUCUCUCCAAAGCCACCGUGAAAACUAUACAACAUUAACAAAAUAAAACUCAGCGUAAGACACAGCAGUAAAAACACUGUACAACAAACACGAUAAAUAAAUAAAUACCUCGUUGGCUGCAUGCUGCAAAAAGGGAAUUAGCCGCCGUUCUUCUGAGGUUUCUUUAACCGUUUAACCGUGUGUAGUUAAAGUCCACUUAACAUGUCUUUCAAUAAAAACCAUCCUUUCUGCGCGCUUACAGGUGUUUUUCUUCUUUUUACCCAAAGAGGAAACUAGUGCAACUUGUAAGCGAACUUGACUUUAAAAAUAAAAGCACCAAAACGUUGACUACAAAAAACAAACAAAGUAAUGUACAGCUUAAACAAUUUACAAUCAUGACAUGGAUCUUGACAAGAUAAAGAAAUAAUACAAAUUAUAUACAAUGUCAUCAUGGCAACAGCUACAUCUCCUUUGAUGAAUAAAGUACAUCCAAAUGAUAAAAGUCUACCUGUCUGUUCUCAUAAAACAACACAGUGUGUUUGCACCUCUCAAAGUGAAUAGUACUUUUACCUAUAUUUUUGUGUUUAUUGUUAUUGUACUUUUGCACCAAUCUCUGUCUUUAUUGUUAUGAAUGUAUAUGAUAGAUUAUGCAGCAAAUUCAUUUUCUUCUGCCACUUUGAACACCAGUCUUUACUACUACUACUUACUUUCU